AUGGACAGUGACUUGAGUCCACAGGAUAAAAAAGACUUGGACAAAUUUAUUAAAUUCUUCUCCUUGAAGACAGUGCAGGUGAUAGUACAAGCUCGCCUUGGAGAGAAGAUAUGCACUCGCUCUUCUUCUUCACCAACAGGCUCUGACUGGUUCAAUUUGGCUAUCAAAGACAUCCCGGAGGUCACUCAUGAAGCCAAGAAGGCACUGGCUGGCCAGCUUCCAGGCAUUGGGCGCUCCAUGUGCGUUGAGAUCUCCCUGAAGACAUCAGAGGGCGACUCCAUGGAGUUAGAGACUUGGUGCCUCGAGAUGAAUGAAAAGUGUGAUAAGGACAUCAAGGUGUCAUACACGGUGUAUAACAGACUCUCUGUCCUUCUGAAGUCUCUGCUGGCCAUCACCAGAGUAACGCCUGCCUAUAAACUGUCCAGAAAGCAAGGACAUGACUAUGUCAUCUUAUACAGGAUCUACUUUGGGGAGGUCCAGCUGAGUGGACUAGGAGAAGGUUUUCAGACGGUGCGUGUUGGUGUUGUCGGCACCCCGGUCGGCACAGUCACGCUGUCCUGUGCCUACCGCACCAACCUGGCAUUCAUGUCCAGCAGGCAAUUUGAAAGGUCGGCCCCCAUCAUGGGGAUCAUCGUUGACCACUUUGUGGAUCCUCCCGGUAGCAGUCAGCGACCAGCAAACAUGGGACAGCCCUGCAACUACAGAGCCCCAGAUGAGGACGAUGGUGGAGUGUUUCCUGGAGUUCAGGACUCGCAGGAGGUCUGCACCACCUCCUUCUCCACCUCCCCUCCCUCUCAGUGUGUGUGUACACUGAGUCCAUCUCCUUCUAAACUGUCCAAGCCCCUCCCUCUGGACAGUCUGCAACUUCCAUUGGGUCCUGGACUUGUCACUCACAAUCUGUAUGCUUCCAGGUUGUCCUACCAACCUGCAGUUCUAGCAGGAGCUGCUGAGCUCUGUCACCCUGUGACCACCACUAACCAGAUAUUGCAUGCUGGGAAAGAAGGUGGAGUUAUUUUAGUUCCUGCCCAACCUCCGCAUGGAGCUGACGCCCAUCUGACCACAGAGCACGCCCCCAACACACCCACCAGCAGCGGUGAUGAUGAUGGUCUGCUGCAAAGCGGCAAAGGAAGGAGGGAUGAAGGUGGGAGAAGUGUCUCUCCCGCCGAUCCGGUGGAGUCUCUCAACGCUUUCACAAGAAAGGUUGGAGCUUUCGUUAAUAAACCAAGCACACAGACAACAGCAGCCAGUCUGGACCUGCCCUUCGCUGCAUUUGCUCCUCGAGGCCUGGACUUAGAGGAGAAUGACCCCAUGGUCCAGCCUCCAGACUCUCCUCCAUGCCAGUCCCCCCUGCAGGCGAGCCUUCAUUCUCAGGGCUCAGAAGGCUCAGGGCAGCAGGAAGACUUUGUCAUGGUCGACUUUCGUCCAGCUUUCUCGAAAGACGACUUGUUGCCAAUGGACCUGGGCACCUUCUACCGGGAGUUCCAGAACCCUCCACAGCUGGCCAGCCUCUCGCUUCACAUCAGCUCCCAGUCGAUGGCCGAUGACCUGGACUCGCUGCCCGAGAAGCUGCGCGUCUACGAGAAGAACAUCGACGAGUUUGAUGCUUUUGUCGACAUGCUCCAGUAG